AGUGGGCUGUGCUGCAAGGUGACAGUGGCCACUGUCCUUGUCAGUGCCGUCACGGCUGUGUCAGCUGGGAUCCUAAUGGCCUUCCAUUUGAAACAAGAGGUCUUUGAGCAUCUGGUGGAGUUGCGAGGGAUCCGGUAUGACGGCAGUCUGCAGUGUGAGAGCUCAGACUAUCAUCGCACGUUGACUCCCAUCCUGGAGAGGCUGUUUAAAAGUAGCUUUCAGAACUCAACCCUGGAAGGAAGUUGUCUGAGAUGCUCCGUCUUGCAGUACAGGAAAGGCAAUUCCAGUGUGAUUGUCCGCUUUCGCCUCUGGUUCUCCAAGCAGCUGCUCAGCCCAGGCUUAGAAGAAGAGCUGCUCAGGCUGGGUCUGGCAGCCACCCUGGACAAGCAGAGCGUUCCUCUGGCUGCCUACGGUACCAUUUCUUCAGCCAUCCUGACAGGCCCACGCAGUGUCUCUCAGCUGGGAAUUGUCCUAAAAUCAGGCAGCUGUAUGGGGAAUGCCUUUGCCUGCCACGAUGGCCAGUGCGUGGCCCUGGAGAACGUGGAAUGCGACUACCACCAGGACUGCAGGGACGGCUCUGAUGAGGCUGAGUGCGACUGUGGCCUUAGGCCCGCCCUGCAGUCGGCUAACCGGAUCGUUGGGGGCUCGGAGGCUUUGCGGGGGGAGUUCCCCUGGCAGGUUAGCCUGCGGGAGAACGGAGAACACUUCUGCGGGGCGACCAUUCUGACGGCGAGGUGGCUGGUGUCAGCAGCUCACUGCUUUAACGAGCUUCAUGACCCAAGUUCCUGGACAGCCUACGUGGGCAGCGUCUGGCUGAGCAACACUGGCAGCAGCUCCGCCAAGGCUGGCGUGGGGCACAUUGUGAAACACCCAUCCUACAACACCGAGACGGCCGACUACGACGUGGCCCUGCUCCGUCUGGCUGACCCGCUGGUCUUCACCAAAUACAUCCAGCCCGUGUGCUUACCGGCCGCCAGCCACAUCUUCCCCCCGGGCAAGAAGUGCCUCAUCUCAGGGUGGGGUUACCUCAAGGAGGACUUCUUGGUGAAGCCAGAGCUCCUCCAGAAGGCCACGGUGGAGCUUCUAGAUCAGACCCUCUGUGCCAGUUUGUACACCAACGCUCUCACAGACAGGAUGAUUUGUGCUGGCUACUUAGAGGGGAAAAUCGACUCCUGCCAGGGGGAUUCUGGGGGCCCAUUGGUCUGCAAAGAGCCCUCCGGACGCUUCUUCUUAGCGGGCAUCGUGAGCUGGGGGAUCGGCUGCGCGGAGGCCAAGCGCCCAGGGGUCUACGCCCGGGUAACCAAGCUCCGGGACUGGAUCCUUCACACCAUUGCCACGUUCACGCCUCCAACGACCAUCCCGACCACGGUUUCCACGUUGCUGCACAACACCUCUCUUUUCGAGGAGUCAAGCACCUUCAGUGAGCACAGCCCCAGCACUGCCCCAGCGUCCACUGCCACAAGCAAGCCAGUGACAGCGCCCCGCCCUCCAGAGUGCGGCCGGAGACCGGCCUUCUCCAAGCCAGUCAAAAUUGUGGGUGGACUGGAUGCAUCCCGAGGGGAAGUGCCUUGGCAGGUCAGCCUCAAGGAUGGGCUGCGGCACUUCUGUGGGGCCACCGUCAUCGGGGACCGCUGGCUGCUCUCGGCUGCACACUGCUUUAAUCACACCAAGCCAGAGUACAUCACGGCCUACGCAGGCGCCACUCUGCUGUCGGCUGCAGAGAGCAGCUCCGUGAAGGUCAGCGUCAAGCGGGUGGUGCUGCACCCCUCCUACAACCCUCUGCUGCUGGACUUCGACGUGGCUGCCCUGGAGCUGGCCAGGCCCCUCCUCUUCAGCAAAUACAUCCAGCCCAUCUGCCUCCCACUCGCCAUCCAUAAGUUCCCCGUGGGCAAGAGGUGCUCCAUCUCCGGCUGGGGCAGCGUCCGUGAAGGCAACGCCACCAAGCCCGAACACCUGCAGAGAGCCUCCAUCAACAUCAUCGACCAGAAGACCUGCAACAUCCUAUACAACUUCUCCCUCACCGAGCAGAUGAUCUGUGCCGGGUUCCUGGAGGGGAGAGUGGAUUCCUGCCAGGGUGACUCUGGCGGACCCCUGACAUGUGAGGAGAUGCCUGGUGUGUUCUACUUGGCAGGGCUGGUGAGCUGGGGGGCCGGCUGUGCACAGCCUAGGAAGCCAGGGGUGUACGCUCGGAUCACCAAGCUCAAAGGCUGGAUUCUGGACACCAUCUCGCCCCACCCCAGCACCACCCUCACGUCCACCUUCAAGACCACAGCUGGCACCACUUCCAGCUUGCCCAGCACUACCCAAAUGACUAGCCAGACAAUCCCGGAUCCAAGCACCAGUGCUGGCACCGUAUCUACGCCGCUAACGAGCACGCCAAAGACAAUCCAGUUCCCAGUUGUGCCAUGCACGCCAACCACUUUCAGGUGCUCCAGCAAAGUCUGCAUUGGGAAAUUGAACCCGGAGUGUGACGAUAUCGUGGACUGCAGCAACGGCAGAGAUGAAUGGAACUGCACUUGCGGCUUGAUCCCCAUGGUGGCCUUUGGCAAGAUAGUGGGGGGCAGCGGAGCAGCCCGUGGGGAGUGGCCGUGGCAGGUGAGCCUGUGGCUGCGGAGGAAGGAGCACAAGUGCGGAGCAGUCGUAAUCGGCGAGCGGUGGCUGCUGUCGGCUGCUCAUUGCUUUGACAUUUACAGUGACCCCAAGAUGUGGGUUGCCAUCCUGGGGACGCCAUUCCUCAGUGGCCUUGACGGGAGAGUGGAGAAGAUCUUCCACAUCCACAGGCACCCAUUUUACAAUGUCUACACGCUGGACUAUGACGUGGCCCUCCUCGAGCUGGCUUUCCCCCUGCGUUACACCAGCACCAUCAAGCCCAUCUGCAUGCCCGACAGCUCCCAUGUCUUCAGGGAGGGGGCCCGGUGCUUCAUUACUGGCUGGGGUUCUACUAAGGAGGGAGGCCUGAUGUCCAAGCACUUGCAAAAGGCUGCCGUGAACCUGAUCAGAGAGCAAGACUGCAAGAAGUUCUACCCUAUUCAGAUCAGUGGGAGGAUGGUGUGUGCCGGUUUCCUGAAGGGCACAGUUGACAGCUGCUCGGGUGACGCAGGUGGGCCCUUAGCCUGCAAAGAGCCUUCAGGGAGGUGGUUCCUAGCAGGCAUCACCAGCUGGGGCUACGGCUGCGCUCGGCCUUUCUUCCCUGGCGUUUACACCCGAGUAACAGCGGUGCGGGGCUGGAUUGGAACAAAUCUCAAGGUGUGAGCCUCCGCGCCACUCAGGGAGAAGAGAUGGCAACAUCGCGGGACAGAACAAACCCACACGGGAGCCAGGGAUG